AUGAACUCUUGAGCCCGAUCGAAAUUAGCAAUGUUUACAGGUAAAGUUGCACUAAUAACCGGUGCGGCCCAAGGUCUGGGAAAAUCAUUUGCGGCAGCGUUACUGCAACAAGGGUGCAAGGUUUGUGUUGCUGACAUCAAUGAUGUAAAACUGCAAGGAACCCUGAAAGGAUUUCAAAGUGUAUAUGGAGAAAAUUGCGUCAUAUCUUCCAAAUGUGAUGUCACGAAUGAGCGAGAUUUCGAAGAAACUUUCAAGCAAGCGAAGUCAUCUUUCGGUCAGAUAAACAUCGUGGUUAACAAUGCUGGGGUUGUAGACGAAGAGAACUGGCAAAGGUGUUUAGAUAUCAACCUAGUCAGCGUCAUUAGAGGUACUCUGCUGGGCCUUAGAUAUUUGAGGAAAGACUGUGGAGGUACUGGAGGUACCAUUAUUAACGUCUCAUCAAUGGCAGGGAUUUUUCCGGUGGAGUAUUCGCCCGCCUACUGCGCCAGCAAACACGGAGUAGUUGGAUACACCAGGAGCUGGGCGCUUCAUCCCGAUGUUCAAAGAAAUGGUGUUCGCCUGCUCUGUCUUUGUCCUGCAUACACGAAAACGAAUAUAUUGGACUACAAACCCAAGGAUCCUGGUGAUCUGGAAUUGGUCCAAAAAUCCAUAAAGACUCUGGGUAUCAUGAGGGUGGAAAAAGUCACUGAUGCUUUUCUCAAGCUUUUGAAAGAUGAGGACAAUAACGGAAAUGUCUUGUCUGUAACAAAUUUAGGCACACAGUAUUGGAAAAUGGCAAAAAUGUAAACUGUAAUGUCAUGCGCAAUUGGUGAACUUGCAAAUUCAUCAAGUUUUCUGUCCAUUUGUAUUUAUAUCAGAUAUGAACUUUGAUUUUAAAAGAGAAUUUACAAUAUAUGAUGUUUAUUUACCCAACCA